UACUUCAUUUCUCCCGCGAACCACACAAGAAAUGAAGAAGGAACGUUUGCUUCUGUUAACAAUAAUAUAAAGAGAAAUAUUUGUCUGGUAUUUAAUCAUAAUACUAGUAUAAACUGUAGGCAUCUUACAGUAGCCUAACGUUCAUYAUAAAGCCGGCCUACAUUCUUGUCACAACUCCGAGGUGUGAAAACGUGACUACCGUUUUAUAGAACCAUUCCAACUAAACAUUUCAUUUAUUUUACAGCUUACCGUAAUUUCACAAAGGACAUUUCUUUAAAACUCUUAUCUAUACUUUUURAAGAGCUAUUACGAGAAUGAAACUCCAAUUUUUGGGAGGAACCGAUGCCCGUAUGCAAUCACGUGUAGUAGAGAAGACAGAGAUCCAAAGACUAGUCUAAAUCCUUAACUUAUUUCACCUAGAAUAUUCUUUAUUUGGAUUACGACAAAAUAUUUUCUCUAAGAUACUUUAACAUGGGAACAAAGCUAUUAAUCUAAGAGCAAAAGUAUAUUCCAUUAAGGAUACUCGAGGRACCAUUUUAUGCCUCAUUUGUGGGGUUCGCCGUGCAACGAUUAUCACAGUAAACUGCCAUUUAGUAUAUUAAAAAAUCCCUAUUAAGACAAAAGGCUUUCGAAUAGUUUCUACAAGUUCGAUUGCUUUUAGGUUGCUCGAAAAAAUAACAUAUUUCAAACGACUUUCAGCUUUAUCGAAUAUUUGCGAUACCUCCCGCCAGAAGUAGAAAAUAAACCGUCAUAUUGUAAAAUGCGUGGAAUACUUGUAAAAUAGUUGACUUACCUGGGAAUUUGUUAGCAAGCAAUUUUUUUUUUGCAGUCUCAUACUGGUUGGGAUUGUUGACAUUUUGAUUUUGGUUGUAGUAAAAAUGAAUAAGCUAAACACACACGUCUCCGUUGGAAUGCAGCGUUGAAUGAAGCGAGGGAGGCCACAGCUGGUUGAUCUUCAUAUAUAUAGUCAACAUCCGGGGAUUUUUUAUGUAGUCCAUAAACCAAUCAAAAACGUUAGUUAGCCCGCGAAAAACUGUCUACAGCUACAUUUCGCGCGUAUAGAAAGAAGAUCGCUUUUCCCCGUUGUUUUGCUUAACAAAAAAAUCGCAAGAUUUAAAGAAACAUAGAUACAAAAAUAGUGAAAUAACAGAGUGAGACUCGGGAAAUCAUAUGAAUAGUGAAAGUUCCAAGGAAAGCUACAUAACUGAUGUCGAUACAGAAGAUUCUAGCGAGUAUACCUAUUCGCAUCAUGAUGACGACCACUCGAUAAUCCAACAACAUCUCUAUAGCCAUUCGGAUMACGGUGAUAUUAACCACGAUAAUAAAAGCUCAGAAAGUGAUCUCAAUGAGUAUUUAAGGCAUCCUUGCAAGCGCUGGAAUGUUUCUAGCAGUGAAGAUGGCGAAGAUAUAACUUCCGUAAUUGAAGAAAACAGCCAGCAACAUCUCUACAGCCAUUCGGAUCACGGUGAUGACAACGAUAAUAAAAGUUCCGAAUGUGAUAGUCAGGAUGAAUCUAGCAGCAAUGAAGAGAGUAAAGAUACAGCUUCGACGAUCAGUGAAAACAACCCCGUAAAUGUUACUAUAGCUGAAGAGGAUUUAAACUACAAUAUCAACCGCUACAUCAACAGUAAUUAUUCAGAAAAUAUUUGUACCAGUCAAGAAAGUAUUGAAGCGUAUGAAGCAUCUGAAACUUCCUAUUCUGGAAUCCCUGGAAGUGACUAUGAUGAAAUUUCUGCAGGUAAUAAGCGUGCUAGUUCAGUUUUUUCCAGAGAUGAAGAUAACGAAGAUGGUGACAGUGAGAGCUCUAAUAGUCAGUCUACGUGUGGAAGCGAACUAGAUUCUGAAUUAUCCCAUGAUACGUCAAUUUCAAGCGACAGUCAUAGUGAUGGAACAGAURAUUUGCCUCUGUAUGAAGGUGCUAGACUGUCACGAAAUAAUUUUAAAGGAACCUUUCUAGCUCUUACGCAAAAACACAAUCUUUCUUCUAAAGCUGUAGACAACAUCUUGAAGCUCGUAAGAUUGUCAUUGCCUGAAGGAAACRAAUGCCCCACUUCCUCUUACAUGUUUGAUAAAUCCCUCGAUGAUAUUGGCUACAGUUAUGUAAAGCUUAUAACAUGUUGGAAUUGCCAGAGCCYCCUUGAAAAUGAUCGCUGUGUAAAAGAUGGUUGUAAUCAAAGGGGUGAAAAUGCAAAAGGACAAGAUUCAAGUACCUUCUAUGUAAUCAAUUUGCUGCCUGAACUUAASUCACUGAUAAAUGAAAACUGGAUCCCAAUGAGAAACUUUCUACAAAACUAUGUCCAUGUGCCUGGUUUCUAUAAAGAUGUCAUUGAUGGAUCAGUUUAUCAAAACCAGAGUGCACACAUUAAGCGGGAUGGAAAUUUCCCUGUAUCCCUUUAUUGGCAUCUAGAUGGAGCACCAGCUCUUAAGUCCAAGUCUGUGUCUAUUUGGCCAAUCCAAAGUUUUGUUGCUGAACUUCCACUGAACAUUCGAUAUUCUUAUAAGAAUAUAAUUUUGUCUGGAUUGUGGUUUGGAAGGAAGAAACCAAAUAUGUCCGUAUUUCAAGAACAAUUUGUUCAACAAGCUAAGGAGUUGCAAGAUGGCUUCUUCGCGGAAGUGAAUCCAGAGCAAAAGUUCAUGCUCAGUGUCAAUGGCCAGGCAGCAGAUCUUAUGGCUAAAGGACCGUCUAUUAAUUUUAAAAUAUUUUGUGGCAAAUUUGGUUGCUCAGAUUGCYUACAUCCUGGGCUUAAACUACCUUGUCGUGGAAAURUAAGAGUCUACUUACCCCGAAAGUUUCGAAGACGAAAUCAUGCUGACUCAAUAAGACAUGCAGAGCUGGCUGACCUAUCAGGAGAAGCCAUUUUYGGAAUUAAAGGAUCAUCYCCAGUGCAUAAAAUCUUGCAAAUUCCAGAGAUGCUGUUGUUCGACUACAUGCAUCAAGUUCUGGAAGGGGAGUACACAAGAAGAUUAUCCAAGUGGCUCAAUGGAAAAUGCCCAAGUGGUACCUSCUUUAAAAGUGCCCUGGGAGGUAUUACUAGCAACCUCCUGAAUCUUAAGCUGCCUCAUGACUUCAAACGGAAGUUCAGACCAAUGGAAGAGUUCAACAAAUGGAAAGCAAGCGAAAAACAAGUACUGUUUCUACAUGCUGGCCUUCCCAUAUUCAAAGCACUYCUUCYACCAAAGUURUUUUAUCAUCAUAGCCUUCUAGUCACUAGUAUCAGGAUGCUGUGCAGURACACAAUAUCUGAAAGUGAUAUAUGUAUAGCAGAUGCUAUGAUCUCUAGCUAUACACGUUGCCUACCCAAACUCUUUAAUAKAAGAGAAUGCACAUAUAACACUCAUGCCUUAACUCACUUGCCACAACAAGUGAGGGAGCAUGGGCCAUUAAUUCUCCACUCAACCUUUGUGUUUGAGUCCAUGUUAGCUCAUUUGAAACGCAUGUUUCAUGGAACAAGRGGAAUACCUGAACAAAUAUGCAAGAGACUUGCCAUUGCCCAACAUUCAAAGAGGUAUAUAAGGCAAAACACAAGCAGCAAUGAUGGAGCAAGUGGAUUUGUUGAAAAAUUAAUGGAUCCUUCAAACCUUGUCCAAAUUAAUGAAGGCAUCAAGCUUUUCCAUCCACUGAUGCAGCAAAUUCCACAAGUUGAGGGUCCAGUUGAAGGGUACUUUGAUGAUGAAAGGCCUGUGUUUGCUGCACAAAGAAUGGCUAAGGGUAGCCAAAUUUACCACAGCUUGUGCUACAAAAAGAAGGGGAAAUCAGCCAGCUAUUUGGUUGCAUUAAAGUCUGAACAAGAUGUUACCACAUCCUAUGGUGAAGUCCAAUACUUUCUAAAGGRCUGCAACAAUGAUGGGUUUGCUGUGAUACGGAUUCUGCAGACUACUGGUUUAAACAUUUGUUCCAGUGGAUUGCCYCCUCCACAAGAUCCUGUCAUCCAUGAGUUCUGGGCCUCAGGCAUUCUGGGACAGCACUUUGUUGGUGUACGUUUCACCAGAAGGAUGAAACUUAUAAGGUGUACUGCCAUAAACAACAAAGUUGUGUAUGUGGAGCACAAUGAUGCUGGUGUUGAUGGAUAUGUCUCUUCAACUUUGAAAAGCUACCAGCAUGAUUAGUAUUUUUUGGUACUUAKGUUGCAAAAUCAAAUGAAUAAGCUGGCUUCUUCUUGUUUGAAUUGAUAUAAAUGAUAAAGGCUGACUUAGAUGCUAUAACUUUGGAAACAGCUAUUCGUACAUGCAACCGACCUGCUUGUAUCAUCCUUAUGACAUGAGUCUUGUGUUAAUUAAUCACCGUAUAAUAAACCCAUUAAGUCAGUCUUGGUGGACUACUUUGACGAUACGGCUGCCAUUUUGGUAGGGGGCAAAUAUAAAUACAAAGUUUUUCUACAGUAAUGGCGUCGACUAAUGUUUAUUCCACCAUUAAUUUUUGUUAUUGUGUGCUCRAUAAAUACAGACUAUAUGUACACUCUGUCCACACAUUGUCAAAACAUCAUAGUAACCAGACUGGUAAAUCAGCGAGGGUAAUAUUGGCCAGGAUGUUUUUUUUAAAUAAUCUUCUUUAUAAUUUUCUUUGAAAAUAAUAAAAACUUAUAUAGUGCACUCAUCAUAACUUCAAGGUGCUUUACAAUGAAAUAUAAUAUAAGGAGUGUUCAUAAUCUGCAGUGUCCAUUCAAAAAAUCUAAUAAAAUAGAAUUCUUUAA